AGAGUAGUAUACUCUGUGUCUGGUGACCUUUUUACGGGCUGCAGGAUGUAUUGACACAGCCUGUCGAAUUGAAGGUAUUAUUGAACACCAUUUAAAACGUUGGGACAAGUGAAUGCAGCCUUUCUACGAAAGGAAACAGUUCAGCAAAGAUCGAGGAAAGGUUCAACUGGUUCGUAAAUGGGAAAAACACUGUCAAGAAUCUCUUGACGAGCUGUGUGUUUCUUGAAUUGAUUGCUUCUGACAUGAACAUAACACGCUCAGGAGUUUGGUCAAAAAGAGGUACACGUGCUACAGUUACCAGGCCUGCUAUCAGAGCAAACACUGCGCCUAUUGAAGGCACUAUAUCUGCCGCAGGUUUGAUUGCAGUCGGUGUAAAGAGGCCAAUGCCUACCAAGAAGAGAAAGUCUGAAUGAUAGAAGCAUUUAUCGUUCAAAAUUUUCAAAAUUAACCAUUUCCUAAAGAGUUCGGGAAAACAACAAAAUUAUGGGCACCGUCUAAUCAAUGAAAUCAAGUUCGAUUUGGACAAACGGAGUAUGCCGUUUUUUCGUAGUGACAUUAUGAAUUGCUGAGAAAUAAGUGC